UGGCAUUAUAGUUAUGUGAAAGGUUAUGGAAUGAUAUGUCUGUGUUUAGUAAUGGAAAGAUAUUCUUUGCAUUUUAAAAAUGUCAUGUUUUAUUUGUUUAAUGAUAACAGCUCGUAAAGCUUGUUUAAUUCAUCUCUUGUAUUAGACACUUUUCACACUCACUUAUAUAAGUUUUCUAACAACAAGCCCAUUUUCUCAGUAGUCUUCAAAAAAUUUGAGAAUUAUACUUUUUACCAUUCAUAGAAACUAUAAAAACUGUUCACCUGUGCUGUGUCUUCAAACCCUUUAAAUAAUUCAAAGGUUUAUUGGAAUAAUCUUUAAAUAUUUUUUCCCUCUUUGAUUGCUCAUCUGCGUGUUGUAGUAUGUUUUUGUUGCUGAAAGAAUAAUUAAAAAACAAUGAAAGUGUAAUAAAAUAUGAUCUGAUAAUAAAUGUGUAAUAACUAACGUCAUCCGCGAGAGGUCGCGCGUGCUUCAGUGCGUCAUCAUCGAGCGACAGACAGAUACGACCCAUUAUAAACUUCCACACCAAGACAUUAGUAAAUAUUGUGAGUUUGUGUUUUGAGAUGGAGUUGAAUGUUCGAGAUGAACUGGUGAAGGAGUUUCUGGAGUGCUCAUCCAGAGGAGAUCUGGAGAAGAUUUCUUCAAUGAUGUCUCACUCCAGUGAUCUGAUAGAUGAGAGAGGAGAGACGGGCUGGACCGCUUUAAUGCUGGCGGCUCGACACGGACACUACGAGCUGACUAAACUCUUACUGUCCAAAGGGUGUGACACAACUGCAACAAACAGAUCGGGUCAGACCGCCCGAGACGUGGCUCUGUUUUGGGGUCACAGACACAUCGCCCGUUUGUUGGCCGGCGGCCGGGACGGUGUCGUUCAUCACGUUCUGCCCGUGAGAGAGACGGAUGAGGCAGAUCUUUAUUUUAACAGAGAGUUUCUCAACAGAAUGAGCGAGAAGCGGACAGAUUCAGAGUGGCUCGCUGCCAAGCGAUCUUCUCCUCACACCGUUUACAUCCUCUUUUAUAAUCUGAAUCCUCUGGUCUCACCCCGAGCCGAUGCCAACGAGGGUGAGCCUGAUGUGAAACUGUGCAAACUCAAAGUGACAUCUGUGGAGGAGUUGUUAAAACAGAGUAAUACUGUGCUUAUUUUCUUGGGAACUGAGAAACAGGAGAGACGCCUGGAGACGGAUGGAGACGGACUGAUAGCCUGGUUUGCUCUCAACACUGAAGACGAUCCUUCAAAACUCCUAAAAGCAAAACAUCCAAACAGUUUCUUUCUGAAGGGCCCGAUGCCUGGACUCCUGAUGCUGAGUGACAACGAUGCGGGUGUCAUCGCUCAAGCGCGGUCCGUCCUCGCGUGGCACAGCAGAUACGGGUUCUGUCCGACAUGUGGAAGCGACACUCGAGUAGAAGAGGGAGGUUACAAGAGGACCUGUUUGAGAGCAGUCUGUAAAAGUCUCCAGGGCAUCCACAACACCUGCUAUCCCAGAGUUGAUCCUGUCGUGAUCAUGUUAGUGAUCCACCCCGACGGGAAUCAAUGCCUGCUGGGACGUAAGAAGAGUUUUCCUUCUGGAAUGUUCUCGUGUCUCGCUGGCUUUAUAGAAGCAGGAGAGUCGGUGGAAGCUGCUGUGAGGAGAGAAGUUCAGGAAGAGAGCGGCGUUCUCGUGGGCCAGGUUCAGUAUCAGACGUGUCAGGCGUGGCCGAUGCCGUCCUGUCUGAUGAUUGGCUGCCACUGCGUUGCUCUGACAACCGACAUCACAGUUGAUAAAAAUGAAAUCGAAGAGGCUCGCUGGUUCACGCGGCAGCAGGUGAUCAAUGCACUGGUGAAAGACAAACAUGCCGUCUUCAACAUCCCACCCAAACAAGCAGUCGCUCACUAUCUGAUCAAACACUGGAUAGGCUUUAACUCAAAUCUCUGAUCUCUCUUUAUAUAAUGAUGAUUUUACAUAAAAACUAUUCAUCACAUUCAUUUUAUUUUCUGUAUAAAUCUUUGAAUUGCACAAAUCAGAUGCACUUUAUAGAUUAUAGAAGAGCUAAUCUUAUCAUGUCUUAAAUUAAAAGCAAAAA